AGCAACCGAGGGGCAUGGCAUGGCAUAGCAAUUGAAGAUAACAGCACAGCCAUGGCUUCUUCUUCCUUUGCUUGUCCGUUUAGUGCAGUAUCAGUGUCGUUGUUGUUGAUGUUGAGCCUCAUAGCCCUCAUGCAUUUCGACAAGUGCGAGGCUCAGUUGAGCCCGACGUUCUACGACAACACUUGCCCCAACGUGUCGGCCAUCGUGCGCGAGCAACUGUUGCUUGCACAACGCUCCGACCCUCGGAUCUUCGCCAGCCUCAUCCGUCUCUUCUUCCAUGACUGCUUCACUAAUGGAUGCGAAGCCUCACUUUUGCUAGAUAAUACUACUGAAAUUAAGAGCGAAAAGUUUGCUCUUCCAAACAAUAACUCUGCGAGAGGUUACGAGGUCAUUGACGCUGUCAAAACUGCCGUGGAAAAUAGUUGCCCCGGAAUUGUGUCUUGUGCUGACAUCUUAGCUAUUGCCGCAGAAGCAUCCGUCCACUUGUCGUACGGGCCUCACUGGACUGUGCCGCUUGGAAGAAGGGAUGGAAGGAUGGCCUACUUCAACGCCGCUAGUAUCCUCCCUGGCCCAUUUGAUAAUGUCACCGUUCUCCAGCAAAAGUUCGCCGCCGUUGGCCUCAAUGACAUUGAUCUUGUUUCCUUAUCAGGAGCUCACACCUUUGGGCGGGCACAAUGCUUCACCUUCAGACACCGGCUCUACAACUUCAGCAAUGGCAACCCAGACCCAUCGUUGAACACAACCUACCUCGCGAAGCUACGGCAACGCUGCCCGGAUGGUGGCAAUAGAACCGUGCUCAAUAACCUCGACCCCGUCACUCCGGACGUGUUCGACAACAAGUACUACACCAACCUACAAAACCUGAAGGGGCUGCUCACGACCGAUCAGGAUUUGCUUAGUGCUGCCGACACCAACGCCUCCACCGCCCCCUACGUCAAUCGCUUCGCCGCCGACAAGAAGGUCUUCUUUGACAGCUUCGUCGAGGGGAUGAUCAAGAUGGGGAACAUCGAGGUGCUGACGGGGAGCAGCGGGGAGGUUAGGAAAAAUUGCCGAGUGGUGAACGGAGCGAGUGGCCCCCAGUUCGAGAUUCGACUGAGAGACGUCGAAGCUUCCUCUGCUGAAGAGAUAUAGUUACAAUAGACAUGUGCUUUGUGGAGUUGGUAAAUGAAAUAAUUGUUUGAACAAUGUUCAGACUUCAGUGUGAAUGUGAUCAGUCGGUGACUAUUUGUGCAAUGUUCAAGUUUGUUCCUAAUGCAUGUCUUUAUGAUUUA